AUGGUCGGCAUCAAUGCAAGAAACAAGGAUAUACUUGAUAACAAGUACAUAUGUCGUGUGUGUGCCUUAAUACUACAAGACCCAGUACAAUUGACCGAAUGUGGACAUCGACAAUGUCAAACUUGUUUACCGAAUGAACAUCAAAGAGAAAUCACAUGCGCACAAUGUCAAACAAAAAUGCUGAAAACUAAAGCACUGUAUCUUUUUGUGGACGCACAAUCUGAAAGACAAACAUCAAUUUACUCGCCUCCAUUUUAUUCUUCUCCAAACGGUUAUAAAAUGAGAGCUCGUCUUUAUUUAAAUGGUGAUGGAAAUGCUCGUCGAACACAUAUGUCCAUGUUUUUUGUGCUCAUGCAAAGCUCGAACGAUCCGAUUUUGAAAUUUCCGUUCAAGUAUAAAGUCACAUUUUGUUUAUACGAUCAAACGCCGGCACAACGACAUAUUAUCGAUUCAUUUCGACCAGAUAUCAGAUCGAGCAGUUUUCAAAGACCCCGAAUGAAUAUGAACAUUGCAAGUGGUAUACCGAAGUUUUUUCCAUUGGAAAAUAUUCAACAAGAAGGUAGUCCAUAUGUUCAAGAUAACAUCAUGUUCAUCAAAAUUUUAGUUAAUUUCCGAUGUUUACCGAAAACAUUAUUGCACUACAUUUUUAGUUUGAACCCUGGUCUACCAAUGCAUGUUCAACAAGCAAAGAUUAACUCAGAGGUGGAACGGAUGCAUAGAGAUCAACAUCAUGAAUCGAACGAACAAGAAGAUACUGAACUUAGCAUUGAGGAAAGUGUUCCUUAA